AUGUUAUCGACUCAGAGUCUUGUUCCUGUUCUUGUCCUGCUACUUGCCCUGUCUGGAAAUGGCUUCCUUUUCGCCGAUGCCAUCAUUGGUGGCCACCUCGUUGAGAAACAACAGCUUAACUACAUGGCUGCCGUGCUGGUGAAUGGCAAUCAAGAAUGUGGCGGAGUUUUAGUCUCCCCGAUCAUGGUCCUUACCGCUGCCGAAUGCAUUAUGGGACGGAAAGUCACAGAGUUAAAGGUGACUGUCGGCACCAACGAUCUGAGCGAUGGAACUGGACAAACUAUUGAUGUUAUGGAAGCCAUUAUUCAUAUAUCGGCAUACUAUCCAAAGAACGAUACUGCAUUGCUUAAAUUAACUAAGAUGAUUGCAUUCAAUGGAUUUGUUCCUGUUCUUGUCUUGCUGCUUGCCCUGUCUGGAAAUGGCUUCCUUUUUGCCGAUGCCAUCAUUGGCGGCCACCUCGUUGAGAAACAAGAGCUUAUGUAUAUGGCUGCCGUGCUAGUGAAUGGAAAUCAAGAAUGUGGCGGAGUUUUAGUCUCCCCGACCAUGGUCCUUACCGCUGCCGAAUGCAUUAUGAGACGGAAAGUCACAGAGUUAAAGGUGACUGUCGGCACCAACGAUCUGAGCGAUGGAACUGGACAAACUAUUGAUGUUAUGGAAGCCAUUAUUCAUAUAUCCGCAUACUAUCCAAAGAACGAUACUGCAUUGCUUAAAUUAACUAAGAUGAUUAAAUUCUCUGGGUAUGUGAAAGUGAUUGAAAUCGCCGGUCCAGAUCAGACUUAUCCAGAAAACACGACGGCAAUCACCAGCGGAUUUGGUGUAGAAAUCGAAAUGGAAAUCAAGCACCAUGUAAAGGAGAUCUCGGUGCCCCUUUGGUUGUCGAUGACGUCCUUGUUGGAGUAG